AUGCCUUGUCGAUGCUCCCCGCUCGCCAAAGGUCGCAUCACCACCCUCGCCUCGCUACCCCCUGUGAUCCGGGCUAUGAUCUUUGACCUGCUCCCCACCUCUCCAUUAUGCCCUUCCCACCACUACCCCAAUGUCCUCCUCAUAUCCCCCAAUAUCUAUGCUGGUAAUGCGUAUAGGCUCUAUGAGUCUGUUUCUUUGACACAGGGAACAAUGUUCGAGUUCCUCCGCGGACUGUACCCUUACGCAAAGCCGGAUCCCUCUGUCGAUCCGGAAGAGAAUGCUCCAAUGAGCUUGCUUUUAGUACUUUCAAGCCAGAAACGUUCACGACUGUCAAUCCUGCUCACUACUGGGCGUAUACCCGUGAAAGACUCGCCCAUGUCAAGAAUAUCUCCUUUGAACCCAGUAGCGACCACUUUGAGUUUAUAA